CCCUGGACCCACGUUUAAGAUGGUGCGUGUGUCUGAGGAGUGGGUGUGCCCGAUUUAGACUCCACACCCCAGGCCUGUGCAAGUCUUGUCAUCUGUGAUUUUGAAUAGUGGUCAUAGUCAGGUGGGCACAGUGCCCCCAGCACUGAAGGAACCUCCCUCCGUGGCUGGUCUCCAGGGCUCUGCGGCCGUGAUGCAUGGGGGAGGCCGUGGGCUGUCAUGGGUGCCAGGGCCUGAGGACGGGGCUAGCUUCAUUUCCACCACCGUCCUGCAGCUCAGACCUGUGGCCCAGAUCGUUGUAAACGGGUUGCCACGAACAUUCUUUGGUCUCAGGUACCAAGUCUGUUUUAGAAGGGGGCAGAGGAUGCCACGGAAUGCAGGCGGGGCGAUGAAGACAUGCCCACGACGUGCCAACGCCGGCCGCCGUACCAAAACCCUGAACGUGGACUUGAAGAGUCUCGAGGGCUCGCCGCGCCCACCAAGAAUGAGCCAGCCCACGACACCCCACUCACCCACCGGUGGUCCGAGUCCUCCUGCUGUUUAACCUGCAGAGAAGCGUGUGCGGCCUUCAUCUCGGCACGUGGGCAGCUUUCUGAGGAUGUGAGUCGAGCGGGCAGACAGCACUGGUCCCUGCGUGCCGCCCGUCGCUAGAAUGUUCCUCAUGAACGCCCCUCCUGUGCUUGCUCUCCAGUCCACAUGGGAGGCCUUCGGGCCACCGGGCAGCUGUAGGUUUCCCGGCCGCUUCUCGGAGCCGGAGGGCACAGGGGGCGCGGCAGUGAGCGCCCGGGUGCAGAUGAUCAUCGGCACACUGCAGGGUGACCGGGCAGUGCGGGGCCGGAGCCAGGAGCGCGCCCUGCACAGAGGUCAGAGGGGCCGCGACGCCCAGCCGGCCGCCGGCCCCGCCUUGGCUGCCUGCGCCCUUGCUGCUGUGUUUGACUCCCAGGGGGAGCAGGAAGCUGCCGGCCGUGGCCCCUCGGCGCUGGACUCGGACAGUGACGACUCUGUGGACCGGGACAUUGAGGAAGCUAUUCAGGAGUACCUGAAGGCCAGGAGCGGGGCUGCCCAGCCCGGGGCCGCCGACAGAGACCGUCCGUGCAAACCAGAGCCGCCUCAGGGCAGCGCCCCAGCCACCCUGUGUCCCCAGAAACGCACGCCUGGCUCAGGAGGGGUCCCCGGCGAGGCCCCCGGCUGCGCCUCCCCGGUCAGCGUGAGCAGUGAGGACUCUUUCGAGCAGAGCAUUCGGGCAGAGAUAGAGCAGUUUCUGAGCGAGAAAAGGCAGCACGAGACCCCGAAGUGUGACGAGCCCGUGGACAGAAAACCAGACCCCGGCGACAGCUCGGCCAGGUCGACGUGCAGAUCCAGCAGAGAGCCGGCGGGCAAGGCGCACCGGCAGGACCCGGCGGGACCUUGUAAGGACUUCGUCUUCCGCAAACCUCCCAGGUUGGCCGUGGCAGCCACGCAGCCCAGGAGCCUCAGGUCGAAAGUCAGCGCCGAGCCGGAGAGCCUGGGCGGGACCAAGCCGGCGGCCCCCAGGCCGGCCGCCACCUGCCGAGCUGCAGAAGCCCAGGGUAAGGCGAGGGUCAAGAGGAACCUGGGCCCUGGGCGGAGGGGACAGGGAACCAAGGGCUCGGCCCUGGUGCGCGAGCCGGCCGACUCCAGCAGCGACGAUGGCAUCGAGGAGGCCAUCCAGCUGUACCAGCUGGAGAAGAGACAGGAGGCGAGUGGGGACCAGCCGCAGAAAACGCCGCUGGGGGAGCAGCAGCCCGACCCUCCUGCCCACGGCGCGAGCCAAGCCGCGAAAAGUGCCUUGCCCGGACCCCACAGGAAAGCGCCAGGCAAGAAGCAGCCAGUGGCCUCGAAGGCCGUGGACCUCGGCCCCGGGGGCCUUGACCCUGACCACCCCUCCAAGCCGCCGAAGGAAGCCAAAGCCCCCGCACCCCCGGGAGGCACAGUGGCCAGGAGCGAGGUUGUGGAUCAGUCCUGCUGCCGGGCAGACACGUCCGCCGAGCUGAUGUGCGCUGAAGCGAUUCUGGACAUUUCCAAAACCAUCCUGCCGGCCCCCAGGGAGGGUGGUGACAGGCCCCCGCCCGCCAGCCCGCUCCCCGGUCCCCCCAGUGUGCCUUCCCGCUCGGACGGCGACAGCAGCUCCGUGGACAGUGACGACAGCAUAGAGCAGGAGAUCCGGACGUUUCUGGCGCUGAAGGCACAGUCGGGGGGUUUGCCGGCCAGAACGGACACCUGCCCGCGGUCCACGCCGAGCCCGCUGCCGUCGCCCGGCCCCAACGGGCAGGCCAGUGGCCCCAAGGCCCCUGUCUCGAAAUCACUGGAUCCGUCGCUGAGCUGCAGAAGAAAACGCAGAGGAGGCGGCGGCGCCGUGUCGUCCACACCCAAGAAAACGAGGGAGAUGGCGAAGGAGGGCGCCCCAGACGCCGACCCCGGCCAGGGCAAAGCCAGCAAGGCCCCUGGAAGGGAGGGCGAGGCCAGGGGGCAGCCUGUCCCCUGCAGGACGGUGCGGCUGGGUGGCGAGCACGUGGCCCCAGACCCGAGGGGCAGCCUGUCUCCAGGCCCCGGGAAGGCGGGCGAGGUGAGGAGCGUGGACGAGGAGGAGAGCUCCGAGGACAAGAGCAGCUCGCUGGACAGCGACGAGGACCUGGACACCGCCAUCAAGGACUUGCUGCGGUCCAAGCGGAAGCUCAGGAAGCGCUGCAGGGACCCCAGAGCCGGGUGCAGGAAGAAGGUCCGGUUCAGCACCACCGAGACGCCAGCCCUGGGGCCGCAGGGCGGCUUCCAGAGAGGCUGGAGGGACAGGAGCCCGCACUUGCUGAAAAGCUGCCUCUCGAAGUCCAAACGGGACAGCAGGGAGGACCCCCUGAGGAAGCCUCCCAGCGGCCUCUGCAGCCGGACAGAGAGAACGCGGCCGGGCAGCGCCGGGCCCGAGAACGCGGCCCCGGUCCUUCCGGCGGGGCAGGGAGCUAGCGAGGGGCUCCCGUUCUCCAGCGAGGGCGGCGCCUGCCACCUUCGCGGCUCGGCCGCCAGCCCCAGCUCCCCGUCUGACGACAGCAGUUCUGUGGACAGCGACGACAGCAUCGAGCUGGAGAUCAGGAAGUUUUUGGCCGAAAAGGCCAAAGAAUCCGUGAGUGGUUCAGAAAAUCAAGGAGGGGGUCCCCCCACACUUGGGCCAGGGACCGUGCCCAGGCCAGAGCCGCUGUGCCGGAAGGUGGUGGCCCCUCCAUCUGGCAUGUGCACACGGAGCCAGAGGGGCAGGGGGACCCCUCAGCCAGCCAUGGCAGCCAGGGGCGGCCCCCGCCCGGAGCAGGCCUGCGCCCCCGCGGCCCCGUGCAGGAGCAGCAGCAGUGCUGUGUCUGCCAGAGGCCCCCCCGCGGUGCGGAGACCCCUUCACCCUCACAGGGACCAGAGCCCGCGACAGGCCGGGCCUGCCGCCAGGGACGCUGCUUUCCGGCCGCUGUCCAGCUGUGCAGAAGCGGGCGCCCGCGCGGGGAGCCCCGCCGGGGCCUUGCCCGGGACCUCCCCGAGCUGGAGCGCACCGGCUCGGAACCCAGGAGCAGACCGGGAGGGGGCGCCCCAGGCCAGCCUCACCCUCCCGUGGGGCGACUUCGCCCACCAGAGUCGGCUGCAGAGCACGUGGGCCCUGAGCUCGGAAGGCGGGGACACGGCCUGGACGGGCGGCCUGGGGAGCAAGAAGGAGAAGGCGCCGGAGGGCCGGGCCCGGGGCGCUCCCGGCCUUUCCACGGACCCCAAAAAGGGCCUGCCCUUCACGGGCUUCUCCCCACUGCUCUCCACGCAGCUGUUCCACUUUGGGAGUGGCGUGUCCUGGGGAGCCAAGCCCCCCGGCCUCUUCAGCCCAGGCCUGAGCCUGCCUCUGCAGGGCCCGUCCUUCUCGGCCUUCAGAGAGGCCCCGCCCAGCCAGGGCCCCGUGUUCGGGAGCUCGCACGUGCUGGGGAAGGAGGGGGGGUGCUGGCCCAGGAGGAAGGCGCCCACCGCGCUCAGCUUACACGACAGCAGGAACUCGGGUUCCGACGAGGACGUCUUAGACCUGAGGUAUAGACGGAGGGCAGACAGAGACGAGGAGGACCCGGGGGCCUGGGCCAGCGACACCAGCGAGCUGAGCGACACCUCCGUGGAGGACGGCAGUCCCGUGGCCCAGAGCAAAGCCCUCAAGCUGUGAGGGCGUCCAGGCCCCUGCCUGCCUGUGGGCGGCGCACGGACAAGCGCGUGGACCUGUGCGUGUACAGUGACGCUGGGCUGGGGGAGCCGCUGUAACCACCUUGUACAUAUGUACACUAGUGGGGAAUGAGGCCCUUAUUUAACACGUGUGUCCUGGUAAAUAUGAUUUUUGUAGCUUUUUUGUAAAUUAUUUAAAGUGCUGUAAAAACUAUUUUUGGAAAAUACGGCUGUUGGAUUUUGUGGGGCAUUCGUGACUGCGGUUCCCGUGGCUCCCACAGCACUCACCACAGCGGUCUGUGGGUGCUGCCGUGGCAGGUGUCAGUGACUGAGACUGGGACUCUGGGCUGUAACACCCCUGGAGCACCCCCCGAGCCCCGAGGUCUCUGGAGGCUCCUGGACAUCACUGGUUCUGAGGGCCCUGGGCCAAGAGGCUGAGCAUGUCCCCUGGACACUGCGGCCACGCCGUGGACCCGAGCGCGUCAGCCCGGACGCCAGCGAGCACACUGGCCGCUCUGGCACGUGGCAGUCCCGGGAGGGAGCUCAGGCAGGUCACCCCGUUCCCCGGGGCCUGUGUUGUCUCGUGUCCAGUCCUGUUCACGACUGCGUGGU